AUGUCAGACACCUUCCGAAAAGCUAUGCUCAAUCGUCUGCCGCCUGUGGCCCCCACGCGUGCUCCCUGGGCAGCCGGCAACGCUGAAGGCAUGGACGAGGAUCAGGAGGAGUUGGAGGAAGGGGACUCUAUGGCUGAGCUUGGGCAGAGUCUGCCAUCGUCUUCAAGAUCUCGUUCCAACGACCAAGAUCUCUCACCCAUCUCCGCCGCCGCUUAUUUUGGUCAAGCGCUUGAAGUUCAGCCGACUUCUCGCCCAGGCAUCGCUUUCAGAGCAUACUAUACCCCGCCGGCUCUUGCAGCUGCAUCAUCCGCGACAGCUUCAGGUAGCUCAGCGCCCGCGGCCAAGCCAAAAGGAAGUGUAUUGUUGUGCCAUCAUGGGGCAGGCUCGAGCGGGCUUAGCUUUGCCGUUCUGGCGAAGGAGGUGAAAGAGCGGGAUGCAGAGUUGGGGGUACUGGCUUUCGAUGCGAGAGGGCAUGGCAAAACCAAGACCCAACCUGUCGAAGCCGAGCACGAUCUAUCGCUGAUCACGCUGACAGCGGACUUGAUGGCUCUUAUACAGCACAUGUUCCCUGAUCCCGCCGAGGCACCUGCACUGCUCCUGAUGGGCCACUCGAUGGGUGCUGCGCCAAUACUGGAGGCGAGUCCAGCGCUGCAGAAGCUGGGCUAUAACGUUCCUGGUGUGGUCGUACUGGACGUUGUGGAGGGAACGGCGGUCGAGUCACUACCACUCAUGAAGGGGAUCCUGUCGCAUCGACCCAGGACUUUCAAGUCCGUCAUCGAUGGUAUCCAUUGGCAUAUCACCUCCAACGCCAUACGCAAUCCAACGUCAGCGAGGAUAUCCGUACCGUCCUACCUAACUCCCUCACCAUCCUCAGGAACGGACACGGAUGUGGGCGAGAGACAGACCUGGCGGGCGGACUUGAUGCCUACGGAGCCGUUCUGGCAGGAAUGGUGGUCUGGGCUGAGCCAGAAAUUCCUGCAGGCGAAAUGUGCGCGGCUGCUUGUGCUGGCGGGGCAGGAGAGACUAGAUAAAGACUUGAUGGUGGGACAGAUGCAAGGCAAGUUCCAGCUGGAUGUCAUGCAGGAUGUGGGACACUAUCUGCACGAGGACGACCCCGCACAUCUCGCCUCCACCGUCAUCGCCUUCUGGCGCCGCAAUACGCGCGUGCUGGUAUUACCGCCGAAGGUCGGUCAGGCGGUAUCGGGUGGGAAGGCUCUGGAGGUAAAGAGGGUAGGCGAGGUGUAG